AUGCUGUCUACCAAGCUGAUAAAACCAUCAUCUCCCACGCGAUCCCACCUCCGGACCUUGAAACUAUCCCCCAUUGACCAACUAUUUACAUAUACAGUCAAGCCGUCUGCCAUUUGCUACUACUCUGCCGACAGCAGCAACAGCAGCAGAAGUGAAGAUGUUGCAAGACGUAACCGCUUGGAGACAUCACUGUCAGAGACCCUGACUCGUUUCUACACGCUAGCAGGAGGAUACAUCAAAGAUAGUCACUCGGUUGAUUGUAACGAUGAAGGGGUUGAGUAUUUGGAGGCCAAAGUGGAGGGCCAACUCAGUCAACUUCUAAGCAGGAGAGAUGAGAUGAUCUACCAACUGGUUCGUUUAUCAGGCGGAGAAUCAACAAGUCCCGUAGCAUCAAUUCAGAUUGGAGUUCGUAUUCAUCACAUCGUUGUUGAUGGAUUCACUGCGGCAAGCUUUGUCAGCGCUUGGGCUACUGCAAGCAGAAAUGAUUUACCUAUGCUGAAGCCAAGGCCUCCCCCGAAAAUCUCUGGAACGAAUAAGGUCGUGACCAGGAGGUUGGUGUUUGAUGGGGCCAAAAUAUCGUCCCUCAGGGCCAGAGCUCAUGACCCCAGCUUCCAACGGGACCCUUCACGGGUGGAGGUGGUGAUAGCACUGAUAUGGAGAGUUCUCAUGGGUGUAAGCAAGGCAAAACAUGGACGCUUGAUGACUUCUCUAGCCUCCCUUAGCAUGAACUUGCGGCCAAAAAUCAUCCCACCAUUCAACCCUUGUGCUGUGGAAACCUCAUUGCAAGGUUGA